CGGCUCCCGGAAAAUGUCGUGGCCUGGCGCAGUCUAAGGGUGCGCGGCUGCCAUGGACAGCGAGCAGCCGGACAGCCUGGAGGGCUGGGUGCCGCUGCGCGAGGACCUCUUCUUAGAGCCCGAGCGCCAUCACCUGCGUUUCCUGGUGGCCUGGAACGCCGCGAAGGGCCAGUUUGCGGUCACCUGUCACGACCGCACGGCGCAGCGGCGGCGGCGCGAGCGGCAGGAGGCCGGCGACGAGGGGUGUAGCUGGGCCGGGGCGCUGUCGCCCGCCGGGUUCCGCGGCGCGCACCGGCAGCUGGCGGCGCUGCGGCCCGCCCUGGAGCCCUGCUUCCCGCCGCUGCCGCCGGAGCUGGACGUGGCGAGCGGCGCGGGCUGGGGCCUGGGGCGCGGGCUGUGGGCGCUCCUGUGGCCGGCGCCUGCGGACCCUGGCGACGAGGCGCUACAAGAGCUGUGCCGUCAGCUGGAACGCUACCUGGACCUGGCAGCCGACGGCUGCGGCGGCGCCACCGUGCGCGACGUGCUCUUCCCGGCCCCGGGUGACUCGGCAGACUGCGAGGCCCCGAGCGAGUUCCGCGAGAGGACGCUGCGCGCGCGCCUGGGCCAAACGGCCAACCGGCUGCACCAGGUUCUUCAAGAUCACGGAAAAGCCAAUACCAUGGUAGCAUUAAUGAAAGUUUAUCAAGAGGAAGAUGAAGUCUAUCAAGAAUUAGUUACCAUGGCAACCACAUUCUUCCAGUAUUUACUGCAGCCAUUUAGAGAUAUGCGAGAAGUUGCGACCUCAUGUAAGCUUGGUAUUUUGAAGUCCCUGGAUGAGGAUGAGCUGGGUCCUAAAAGGGUGGCUGCCCUACAGAAGGAAGCCAGUGAAUGGACCAGAAGGGCUGAAGAAGCAGUGGUCUCUAUCCAAGACAUCACUGUGAAUUAUUUUAAGGAAACAGUAACAGCAUUAACAGGAAUGCAGAAACAAAUGGAGCAGGAUCGGAAGAGAUUUGGCCAGGCUGCCUGGGCCACAGCCAUGCCCAGGCUAGAAAAUCUCAAGCUCAUGUUAGCUCGGGAGACUCUGCAGCUUAUGAGAGCCAAAGAGCUCUGUCUAAAACACAGACAAACUGAAAUCCAGAGAAAGGUGGAAGAUCUUCCAGACCAAGGAAAGCAUUUAGAUGUUGUGGAUGAGCUAGAAAUACAGUGUUACGAGAUUCAGUUGGAGUUGUAUGAUGUUAAGCUUGAGAUACUGAGAAAUGAGGAGAUGAUCAUGGUCACACAGUUGGACUCUGUUAAGAGACUUAUAACAGAGAAGCAGGCUGAAGUGGUCUACUACGACCCGUGUGAGAGCCCUGAGGAGCUGCAGAGCCUGCCUCCUGACCUGGAGCUGCACCUUGGUGACAACAGAGAGCUGAGAGCGCUCAGCCAGCAGUGCCAGCGGCUGGAGGCUCAGCGCGGCCGCAUCUGCUCCAGAAGAGCCCACCUCAGGAACAGAAAGGAUCACUGCCGAGCAAAUCAUCAGCUCAGACUGCAACAGGCCAAACAAAGCAUGAGACAUUUUCACCAGCACCACAGUAUUCAGAUGAAAAGAGACAAAAUAAGAGAAGAGGAACAAAAGAAAAAAGAAUGGAUAGACCACGAACGCCAGAAAACACUUGAGCGGCUAAGAACAUAUAGGGAGAAGUGCCCAGCUCAUCAGUCUGCACUAAAAACAACUUGCUCAGAGUCCAUGGUGUCAAACCUGUCAGAUGGACGCUCUCAGAAGAGGUUCCCAACAGCUCAUCACAAGACAGCUCAUCCUGCCUCCAGCAAGACCGGAAGUGCUGCUCCCUUACCUGAAGCCAGCUUGAAAUCCCCUGAGCAUCAAGACCCCUGUGGCAGUAUCCCUGUCCAGGCUUUUGUUCCUGUUAGUGGUGACCAGACACUCUCCCGAUCCACUGAAGAUCUGUCACUACCACCACAGCCAGCGCUCCCUCCCCCACCCCCUCCCCUUCCUCCACCCCCUCCUCCUCUCCCUGCUCAGUCCUCCUUUCUAGGUACCACUCAUCAGAAUUUACAGCCACUCCCCCUAUCGGGUGACAAGUCUGCUGGAAGAUCAUGUGAUUGCCAGGAGGGCUUCCAGGGUCCAGGCUCUAUGGAUGAAGUGCUGGCCUCUCUCCGGCAGGGCAGGGCCUCUCUCCAGAAAGUAGAAAUGCCCACCUUGCCUCAUCCCCGCACCUCAGUCAAUGAACAAGUUCUGGCUGCCAUCAGACAGGGGGUGCGGCUGAAGAAAGUCUACACAGGCCCAGGUGUGGAUCCCAUCAAGAAGAGCACCAGUGACCUGGAGAGGAGCAUCAGAAAAGCCCUGGAGAGAAUCAAGAAAGUGUCUGCUGACUCAGAGGAGGACAAUGACGAGCAUAGCCCUGUUGAGUGGGACCACUAGGCUGGCUCUCCAGCUGACAGAUGCAGGCAGGCCAUAACCCUAGGUCCGCGAGGCGCCCUGAGAAGCUGCAACACUGGGAGGACAGUGAAGGUGUGCUGACUGCCACACAAUACCCACUGCGGGGUAGGCUGGACAUGGGAACAGUACUUUGUCCACUCCAGAGUUGCUGUCUGGCCCUGCAGGGAAGGACCUGUGGUACACAUUAGACAGCAAGCUUCCAUGUGUAUGAACACUGGUUCCUCAGACUUCAAGGCUUGAAUGUGAACAUGAUUUUAGCAAUAAUCAGAAUAAAUUGUAUAUAUCCCAGAAUUACCUUAAAUAUUUAAAUUUUAUUUUAUGUAUUGAACACAGAAACUCAUAAUAAACAAUAUUUAUAGUGCA